GUGAUCGUUAAAAAGUCAUCAUGCUAGUGUUUCGUUAAACGUCAUAAAUUAUCCCUCUCUUUAGCCAGACAUUUGGCUUGUUAACUUAGAUACUCACGUAAGUAGCUGCUGGCUAGGUUAGCUGUAACUUGCUAGCUGUCAGACAGUCUUUGUUUUGGUUUGGUUUGGUUUUUCGUAGAGAAGAAUCGUCAUUCUUUCAUAACACAUGAGUGUAUCACUGGUCGUUAUCCGUCUGGAGCUCGCAGACCAGUCUCUCUCUCCACGGAAUUUCCAAUACACCGCCGCUGAGGAUAUGUCAGAGGAGGAUUUGCAGGAGAAAGCUCUGGGCUCAGCCAGGCUUUCUCUGAGUGGGAAGACAGAGUUGGAGAGAGCAGCAGUCCUACACCAGCACAUCGGCAGCAGAGCCAUGGGAGACAUGGUCAUCGAGACUAUUGCACCCAACCCUGAUAAAGGAAAUGUUGAGCAGACUGGGGCAGAGGGAGAGGAGGGUGGAGGAGCCUGCCCUCUAGAGAAUCAACCAGGCGAGAGGGACCCUAAUGAGGGCACUACAGAGGACAGUGCCAAUGGCACAGAGACGGCUCCAGACUCGCCCUCCAAGCAUCUUCCAGACCAGAUCUCCUUCUUCAGUGGAAACCCCUCAGUGGAGAUAGUCCACGGCAUCAUGCACCUCUACAAGACCAACAAGAUGACAUCCCUGACGGAGGACGUGCGUCGCAGUGCCAUGCUGUGUAUCCUGACCGUCCCCUCCACCAUGACCAGCCACGACCUCAUGAAGUUUGUGGCACCUUUCUAUGACGUCAUGGAGCACAUGAAGAUCAUACGAGACCCCACCCCUAACCAGUACAUGGUGCUGAUCAAGUUCAGUAGCCAGGCUGACGCAGAUAGUUUCUACACAGCGUGUAAUGGCCGUACGUUCAACUCCAUAGAGGACGCAGUCUGCCAGCUGGUCUAUGUGGAGAGAGCCGAGGUCAUCAAGUCUGAGCAGGGCGCCAGUCUUCCAGUGAUGGAGCUGACAGAGCUCCCUAAGUGUACCGUGUGUCUGGAGAGGAUGGAUGAGUCAGUGAACGGGGUUCUCACUACACUCUGUAACCACAGCUUCCACAGCCUGUGUCUGCAACGCUGGGAGGACGCCUCCUGUCCUGUGUGUCGGUACUGCCAGACCCCAGAGCCUGUAGAGGAGAACAAGUGCUUUGAAUGUGGCGUACAGGAAAACCUGUGGAUCUGUCUGAUCUGUGGUCAUAUUGGCUGUGGUCGCUACGUCAGUCGUCAUGCCUACAAACACUUUGAAGAGACGCAGCACACGUACGCCAUGCAGCUCACUAACCACCGUGUCUGGGACUAUGCUGGAGAUAACUAUGUUCACAGGCUGGUGGCCAGUAAGACUGAUGGGAAGAUGGUUCAGUACGGGUGUGAAGGAGAAACCUGCCAUGAGGAGAAGAUAGACGCUCUGCAAUUAGAGUAUUCUUACCUGCUAACGAGUCAACUGGAGUCCCAGCGCAUUUACUGGGAGAAUAAGAUAGUUCACCUGGAGAAGGACACAGCGGAGGAGAUCAACAACAUGAAGGCCAAGUUUAAGGAGACCAUAGAUCGCUGUGAUAACCUGGAGCGUCGGCUGGGAGAGCUGGCCAAGGACAAACAGAGCAUGGACAAGAAGUGUGGUCAGCUGUCGACCCGUGUGACAAAGCUUGGUCAUGAGCUGAAGGAGGAACAGGAAAUGAACCGCUGUCUGAGAGCCAAUCAGGUUCAACUACAGGCCCAGCUGGCCGAGGAGGAACGCAAGGCGAGAGAGACGGGCGAGCGUAAGGACGGGGUGAUAGCCGAGCUCCAGGAGCAGCUGAGAGAUGUCAUGUUUUACCUGGAGACCCAGCAGCAGAUAGAAGGUCUUCCUCCAGAGACCAGGACUGAGAUACAGGAAGGAAGCAUCAACAUCGGCGCAGCAGCCACUCCCGCCCCAGGACCCUCCGCCAUAGGCAGAGGCCGCAGGGGGCGGUCCAAAAGGGGGAAGUAGAGAGGACACAACUAGGAAGGGAAGUCGGAUGCCGGAAGUGACCCACAAAAAUGACAUUAUUGAAGUGUGUGUGAGUGCGUGCGUGUUGGUGCCUUUGUGUGUGCCUGUGUUUGUGCUUUGAAAAAGGACCCUGGCUCCUUAGACACUAUUUGGAGAUGAAGGGGUCAGAAGUUAGGUGUAUAUCUCUGCUUUAAGGCGCCCACUUUGCUGAAUUAAAAAAUGAUUGAUUUGAAAGAGGUUUGCUCUUCUCCCUCAUUACAUAAUUUUUUGGGGUUGACCUGCUAGUUUACGUCCUUAAAGAAGGAGAAGAGAUUCAUGGGAAUAAGGAAGUGAGUAAACCGGACAGUAAUGAUCGAAAGAAAGAAAAUAACCCUCAUGAAAUGUCAUGACUCAGUCCUAUAGUGAGAAUGGGGUUUCUGCUGGGUUUUUUUCUUCAUUUUGAUCAUUUUAACGUGUCAGAACUGAAGAUCCGAGAUUUAAGUCAAGCGCUGAAAUGUUUAAUUUCUCAAUUUACGAAUGACCUGUGUCAGAUUUAUAGACUGGCACAGGAUUAUGUGGCUGAUGCUUUGGCAUUCCUACACAGCUGAGAUGUGCAUCUGUACAAUCUAGAAUAUAUAAUACCAGGGUUUAACAUCAAGGGUUGCCCUAUUUCCUUGGGCAAGUGACUUUAGCAGUCACGCAAGUUGAGCCUGCACUGAGGUUUCCCCAUUGGGCAGGUGAUAUUAUUUAUUUUUUUGAUGUGUGAAAAUAACCAAACUGCAAAUAAUUCCAGUAGCCUAAAACUGAUCUUUCUGGUUUCUCCCGAUUUGUUUAAGUGAAAGACAGACAAUUUAUUGCAUUUAUAGUCAGGCAAGUUUAGCCAGCCUCGUAUUUUUUGAAAAGACAAAAAAUUCAAGUACUGAUCUUUCUGAUUUCCCCCCCUAUGUGUAGGGGAAAGGCAGGCAAUACAUGGCACUUCUGCAUGUAAAUAGCAAACAAAAACAUUUGGGGCAAGUAAUAAGAAUCUUCGGACAAGUGCCUAGCAGAUUUUUAUGUAAAUCCCUGUAAUGCAGUACAAUACUCUUCAAAUAGUCUACAUCAGUUUCACUCCUGUUUCCAUGCACCUAGCUGUAUGUAUGCGACCACCAUAUUCUCACCAACAACCCACCUCAGUCAAGCAUGAAAUAGCACUCUAUUGCCUCUAUACUGACCAUUAUCAGCUGUUUGUGUUCCUUGUUUACGUUCCUGUGUGUUUGUGUUGCAUUGCUAAAAGCCUUCCAGUAUGUUCUGUUCAGGCACAGCUUUCCACUAUAGUUUAGCAUCAAUAUUGUUAAAGCAUGGUAUCCAGGUCAACAUAGACAUUCAAAUGGUACACAGCUGCAUACCACCUUUUAUUUUAGCCAACUUUCAGCAGAUUAAGUUUUCACUGUGUUUUGUAUUCAUGUUGUUAAGCUCUCAAUAAAUGAUCUUACCAUUUGUA